AUGGCAUCUCUGGGUCAUGCCGUCUCGUCGCUACGGUCUUCCCUCUCAUUGCUAGAUUCAAGCAUCUCUAUUCUUGACGAAGGGGUAUCCGACUUCCCUCGCUUAUGCAAGGUCCUCCAAACCCAGCAACAUUUCGAGUUGCUUCCCGAGCCCAUGCUGCGAGAGGCGCAGCAAUCUCUUGUUGAUGAGAUUGUCCCGGCAAUCAAUCAGUUGUUGUCCGUUGCAGAGAAUCAUGUCAACCAACUGGCGAGGAGAGAAGAAAGCUUAAAAGCGCGUUCUGAAUUGUUGGAAGGGCGCCUGAACACCAAUCGAAGGAAUUCAAGCUUUGGUGGAGGUGGAGGUGGAGGAGGUACUUCUUUCCAGAACACAAAGUCAAUGCAGCAUGCUGGAGUCCCUGAUUCCAAGAUAUUGGAGAUGAAACGCCUUCAGCAGAAGAAAGAAAGAUUGCAGUAUGCGAUUGAACGACUGGAACUACAGAGCAAGCAAAGAGCAAGGGAGCUGAGAAAGAGUAUGGCUAUUGUGAGGGAGUGA